UAUGUAAAAGUGGCAACGCUAGCAUGUUAUUGUCGACUAAUUUUGUUUACCAAUUUGUGCAAUUGAUUGUAAGAAAUAUUUGAAAAUACUGACAGACAAUUUUAGUAAUGAGUAAAUUGGAAACCGAUAUCGAAAUGUUAUCGUCAGCUGAAAUCACCCCGAAGAAGAGCGGCGACGCCAAAGAAAGCGCCAAAGUGGAAGAUUUAAUUUCGCUCGAAACAUUGCGUGAAUCGCCUGUGCAGUGGCCAGAACGCUUUCCCGGCAUGGAGGAGUUCCUCACCAUGAGCGAAACACCCAUACACACACCAACCGCUGACUCGGCACAGAUAUUGUCCAGCAAUAAUAUGGCCUCCAUCAAUCAGUUUGCACGCCUGCCGCCGGAACAGCUGGUCGAGAAAAUUAAAGAGAUGCAUGACCAAAUAUAUAAACUCGGCCUGCGUGAGUCCAAGGAAAUGACGCGCGGCAAAUUGUUGGGCAUCUUUGAUCGCGAUCGCUUAACUCGGGCGAAAGCUAUGCGCAAUUAAUUGUGUGGACCAACUGCGACUUCUUAUUUCGCAUUAAUUAUUUUUAGUUGUAUUUAUAUAAGACAUAUUCACAUAGAUAUAUGUUGGCGUGUGGCUAUCGAUACCACAAUUAUAACAAAUUAUGUUCGUGAGCUAUGCUGUUAUGCUAGUCAACAAUAAAUAACAUUUAUUUUCCAAUAAAGCAUCAAUAUGGCAUA